AUGUGGACGACCACUACCGGCUUGAGUGGUCGAUCGCUCCGGGUGAGCAUCACCAUCACCGCUGUCGUCGGCUUCUCCCUCUUCGGUUACAACCAGGGUAUGAUGGCUGGUCUGCUCAACGGAGAUGAAUUUGUGGCCUCUUUCCCUAUUCUCGCAAUGCCCGAUGAGCCUACCGCGGGCCAGAAACAUUAUAUCGACGUUAUCCGCGGUGCCGUCACAUCCUGCUACGAGCUUGGCUGUUUCUUCGGCGCUUUGUUCUCCAUGUUCUUCGGCGAGCGACUCGGUCGUACUCGCGUGAUCUUCAUGGGUGCCAACAUCCUGACCAUCGGCGCCUUGCUCACAACUGUCUGCUUUACUGGUAAAUGGGAAGUCGGUCAGUUCGUUAUUGGUCGUGUUGUGUCUGGCAUUGGAAACGGCAUGAACACCGCCACAAUCCCGGUCUGGCAAUCAGAGUGCUCUGGCGCACACAACCGUGGCUUCCUCGUCUGUUUCGAAGGUGCCAUGAUUGCUGGUGGCACCUUUAUUGCCUACUGGUUGGUCUUUGGUAUGUCGCACGCCGCGGAUACUGUCCAGUGGCGUUUCCCUAUUGCCUUCCAGAUCUUCUUUGCUCUGAUUGUCGCCACGGGUGCCUUGUUGCUACCGGACUCCCCGUCGUGGUUUGUCAAGAGAGGUCUUGACAAGGAAGCCUGCCAAGUUCUCGCUAAGAUUAAGGGAUCUUCUCCUGAAUCCGACGAUGUCCUUACCGACUUUAACUUCCUGAAGACGGAUGUAGAAAACUCGAGGAACAACCAGGCAAGCUGGAAAACAGUCUUCACAUUCGGCAAGACUCAAGAAUUCCAGCGCCUUCUUAUUGGUUGCUCUGGCCAAUUCUUCCAGCAGUUUACCGGUUGCAACGCCGCUAUCUACUACUCAACACUGCUUUUCCAAGAAAACUUGGGAAUGGAGAAAUACCUUUCCCUCAUCAUGGGUGGUGUCUUUGCCUCUGUAUACGCUCUUGCAACCAUCCCGUCUUUCUUCAUGAUUGAAAGAGUUGGACGUCGCAACCUCUACCUAAUUGGUUUCCUUGGCCAGGGUCUCAGUUUUGUCAUCACCUUCGCUUGCUUGAUCAAGGACACCGAGGAGAACUCUAAGGGUGCUGCAAUCAACCCUCUCCGUACCCGUACCAUCGGAGCGGCCGCAUCGACCUGCACCAACUGGAUCUGCAACUUUGCAGUCGUCAUGUUCACCCCUCUCUUCUCUGGACAGAGUCCGUGGGGUGUUUACCUGUUUUUCGCAUUGUUCAACUUCAUCGGUUUGAUCUUCGGCUUCUUCUUCUAUGUUGAAACCGCUGGACGCGAGCUCGAAGAGGUCGACAUCAUCUACGCCAAAGCCCAUAUCGAAGGCAAGAUGGCUUGGAGAGUCGCCAACGAGAUGCCCAAGCUCACCUUCGAAGAAAUUGUUCAACAGUCUCGUGAUCUGGGAUUGAGCACCACUGACCGUGCCGAAGCCGAGAAGAACGAACUCGGCAUGAGCAGCAGUGACAAUGGUGACAACAGUCAGGAGAUUGAGGAGACCCGGUAUAAAGAGUAA